AUGAAAGUUUUAAUUGUCUUUGCUCAUCCAGAAAAACAAUCCCUGAACCAUUCCUUGUUGGAGGUUACAACCAAUUACUUAAAGGAAAAAAACCACGAGGUCAAGGUAGUAGAUUUAUACGCCGAGCAUUGGAAGGCUGGUAUCGAUCAAGAUGACUUCUUAAAUCAUGACAGGGGGACUAGAUUAUACGCAAUGAGAGACUCUGGUUCUGCAUUCUCGGCUGGUAUGUUAAGUGAAGAUAUAAAAGAAGCACAAGCUAAAUUAGAAUGGGCAGAUUUAAUUAUUUUCCAAUUCCCAAUGUGGUGGUACUCUAUGCCAGCACUAAUGAAGGGGUGGAUAGAUAGAGUUUUAACUCAAAAUUUCGCAUAUGCUGGUGGGAAAGAAUUCAAAAACGCUCCAUUAGCAGGAAGAAAAGCUUUCAUUAUUUCUACUGUUGGUGUUACAGAGGACUACUACACAAAGGGUAAAUUAGGUGAAAUAGACGAGGUGUUCUUCCCAAUUCAACAUGGAACUUUUUCUUACGCCGGGUUCAAAGUUUUACCAGCAAUUAUUGGUUACAACGCUGACUCUAGAAAAUCAAACUGUUUUGAAAUCACCUCAAAAAUUAUUAAAGAACGUAUUGAUAAUAUUGAUAAUGUUAAACCUAUAUACGAUUAG